AUGGACACCAUUAUUCCGAAAGCUUUGAAGAAGGGAGACACAAUCGCCUUCAUCUCACCCUCCGCACGUCUCAAUAACAUCCUACCUGCUCCCCUCGAGCGAGGAAAGGCCUAUCUGGAGUCGCUAGGCUUCUGUGUCCAGAUUAUUUUCUCUAACCAAAAAACAGCCACUAUCGCGGAUUCUAUUCGUGUUCGAUGCGAGGAAAUCCAUGCCGCAUUCCGUGAUAGCACGAUUGGCGCCAUUAUUUGCACGAUCGGGGGCGCGCAUGCGAAUGAAUUGCUACCUUUCCUCGAUUACUCCCUUAUUCGAUCAAAUCCUAAAAUUUUCGUCGGCUACAGUGACACUACCUUCCUGCAUUAUGCGAUUCAAUCUCAGACCGGCUUGCGGACAUUCUACGGACCCAGUGUUCUUACAGAUUUCUCUGAUUUUCCUAAGCCUAUACAACUCACAGUCGACCACUUCAUUCAUGUGCUGACUGAAGGGGGAAAGUCUGUGGGUCCACUUCCUCGAUCCUCAAUCUGCUCGAACGAGCAUAGCGACUUCCUAUUUAGCAAAGGAAUCGUCGAGAAACCGCGCGAAAUCGUUGAUUCGCCUUCAUGGAGAUGGCUCCGGAGAGGUCGAGCUACUGGAUAUCUGUUUGGGGGCACUGUACCUUGUGUCGUGCGUCUUCAGGGGACCCAAUACGCCCCCUCGUGGAAAGACAAGAUUCUCUUUCUUGAGUCUGCGAUGGGCGACAACUUGCAACUGCCAUAUUCUGUAUCCCAGUUCCGAAACAAUCUUGUUGAUCUUGCUUUGUCUGGCAUAUUGCAUGAAAUCCGCGGACUAGUUGUUGGACGAGGCUACAAAUACAAUACUCACAUGCAGGAGGAGCUUGCAAAUGUGAUACUGGAAGUCUUUGAGGUGAUUGUUGGCCGAAAUCCUGAGGAACAGCUUCCGAUCCUGAUAAACGUUGACUUUGGCCAUACGAGUCCAUUCCUGACUUUGCCUAUCAACGCAUUAGUCAAAUUAGAUAGCGAUCUCGAUGAGUUUAGCGUUCUGGAACCUGGGGUGCAGGCUUGA